UUUAGUGAUAUUUAAAUAAAAAUAAAUAUGAAAUCAACUAUUGUGAUCUUAUGCAUCCUGGUAUCUUUGAGUAUGGGACUUGUCUUCAAUAAAGACAAAGAUUUCUCUAACAUCCCUGAUGUUGAGGAAGUUGUAAGGUUUGAUAUGGCAGGAAUCAACUUCGUUGUUGAUCAAACUCAUGCCUUCUCUCACAAUGCACUCAAGCAGAGCUUCACCACAUUUAAUGGUAAUAUCCCAGCUUUUGAUGUUGUUGUAAACUUCACUUCUGGGGCAUACCUUCACUACAAUAACCUUACCGGAGAAUGCUCAUUUGGUGAAGUCCCAAAACUUAAUCUCACUGAGUAUUUCAUUGAGUUUGUUACUAACUAUAUUGAAUUUGCUGGAACCAGAGGAGAGCAUCUUACCUUGUAUGAAAUCAAAUACCCAGGAAAUGAAGGAGCAAGAACCUGGUUGUAUGGCCUAUAUGUUCCAAAUGAAACUGGAGAGUAUACCUUCUACCCUUCAAGAUUCCAGUCGCAUCUUCCAAAUCAAGAGAACGGAGACUAUGAUGGAGAAUGGAUUGAUACACAAAGCUUCCCUCAACUCUCAGCUGCUGAUUUCGAUUACCCUCAAUGUAACCAGGCCAAUUCAAAGAAAUUGGAUACUAAAUUCACAUACCAAGCUCUCGGCAUUGAUUCUGAUUUCCUUUCUGAAAUCAUGAAAGAGGCAACUUAUAUUAAAACUUCUGAAUAA